UACUUGCACUCUCUCUCUCUCUCUCUCUCUCUCGCUCCGAGUCGUCAAGGUUGAAAAGUGCUGCAGCAGCCUCACCAACCCUAAAUCUAAAUUCUUUUCGGCCUUUCUGCCUCGAUUAAAAGCUUCAAAUUUCGGGCAAAAGCUGCGUUGUUCAGAGCCCUUAUUUUCCCCUCUCUACAUUGUGCUACGUCUGCCAUUGUUGGUCGAGAUAGGGUUUCGAGAGAUCGAGGGUCAAUCCUCCUUGUAUCUAGUUCGAAAAUUGACAGAAACAGUUGGAGAGAGAAAGGAAGAUACAGAGGAAAAAUGGCGUCGUCGUCUCUGGGCAUGUAUCAGGCCCCAUUGGCAGGGGCACCAGCAGCAGCAGAGCGCAGAUCCUCAUCAUCUGCAACGCUGCCUUUGCCCCUGCCUUCUAAGCCCAACACACCCGCCAUACUCCUAAAUAACAACUUUCUGAGGGGGACUAAGGUGGUGUUGAGUCGCAGGAGCAGAGCAAGGAAGCCAUCGACAUCAAUGCAGGCAGUAGUGAGGGCGUCAGCAGCUGUCGAGACACUGGACCAGACGAGCACGACUGAAUUGAUAGAGAAGUCGAUCAACACCAUCAGAUUUCUUGCAAUUGAUGCGGUUGAGAAGGCCAACUCUGGGCACCCUGGCCUCCCCAUGGGGUGUGCCCCAAUGGGCCACAUCCUCUACGACGAGGUGAUGCGCUACAACCCAAAGAACCCAUACUGGUUUAACCGUGAUCGCUUCGUGCUCUCUGCUGGCCAUGGAUGCAUGUUGCAGUACGCUCUCCUCCACCUUGCCGGCUACGACAGCGUCAAGGAAGAAGAUUUGAAAUCCUUUAGGCAGUGGGGAAGCAAGACCCCUGGCCAUCCUGAAAACUUCGAGACUCCUGGCAUCGAAGUCACAACUGGUCCUUUGGGCCAAGGAGUUGCAAAUGCUGUCGGGUUAGCUCUUGCUGAGAAACAUUUAGCUGCCAGAUACAACAAGCCCGGUUUUGAGAUUGUCGAUCACUACACAUUCUGUAUUCUUGGAGAUGGAUGUCAAAUGGAGGGUAUCUCCAAUGAGGCUUGCUCCUUGGCUGGGCACUGGGGUCUUGGGAAGCUCAUUGCUUUCUAUGAUGACAACCACAUCUCCAUUGAUGGUGACACCGAAAUUGCCUUCACUGAGACUGUUGAUACACGUUUCGAGGGCCUGGGUUGGCAUGUCAUCUGGGUUAAGAAUGGUAACACCGGGUACGAUGAGAUUCGUGCUGCCAUUGAAGAGGCUAAGGCUGUUAAGGACAAACCCACUCUCAUUAAGGUUACCACCACCAUUGGUUAUGGGUCCCCAAACAAGGCCAAUUCGUACAGUGUUCAUGGAAGUGCCUUGGGAGCCAAGGAGGUGGAUGCCACCCGCCAGAACCUUGGAUGGCCAUAUGAGCCUUUCCAUGUCCCAGAUGAUGUCAAGAGUCAUUGGAGCCGGCAUGUUUCCGAAGGUGCUUCCCUGGAAGCAGAAUGGCAAGCCAAAUUGGCAGAGUAUGAAAAGAAGUACAAGGAGGAAGCUGUAGAAUUCAAGGAACUCAUCUCUGGUCAACUGCCAGAUGGGUGGGAGAAGGCUCUCCCAGUGUACACCGCUGAGAGCCCUGCUGACGCCACCCGAAACCUAUCCCAGCAAUGCCUCAAUGCGCUCGCUAAGGUCCUUCCAGGACUCCUCGGUGGCAGUGCAGAUCUUGCCUCCUCGAACAUGACAUUGCUGAAGAUGUUUGGGGACUUCCAGAAAGAUACCCCCGAGCAGCGGAAUGUGCGGUUUGGUGUGAGGGAGCACAGCAUGGGUGCUAUUUGCAAUGGGAUUGCCCUCCACAGUGGCCUCAUACCCUACUGUGCCACCUUCUUUGUUUUCACAGAUUACAUGAGGGCUGCCAUGAGGAUAUCAGCUCUAUGUGAAGCCGGUGUCAUAUACGUGAUGACCCAUGAUUCCAUUGGGCUUGGGGAGGAUGGGCCCACCCAUCAGCCCAUUGAGCAUAUUGCGAGCUUCAGGGCCAUGCCCAACAUCCUGAUGCUCCGCCCAGGGGACGGGAACGAGACGGCCGGUGCUUAUAAGGUCGCGGUCCUCAACAGGAAGAGGCCCUCGGUGCUCGCCCUCUCUCGCCAAAAGCUCCCCCAGCUAGCAGGCACGACGAUUGAGGGAGUUGAGAAAGGAGGGUACAUUGUGAGCGACAACUCAAUGCGCAACAAGCCUGAUCUCAUCCUUAUCGGCACCGGUUCUGAGCUGGAGAUCGCUGUAAAGGCAGCAGAUGAGAUCAGGAAGGAAGGGAAGGCAGUUAGGGUUGUGUCCCUUGUGUCAUGGGAGCUGUUUGACGAGCAGUCGGAUGAUUACAAGGAGAGUGUCCUCCCUGCUGAGGUGACGGCAAGAGUGAGUGUGGAGGCAGGGUCAACAUUUGGGUGGGAGAAGAUUGUCGGAAGCAAAGGUAAGAGCAUUGGGAUCGACCGGUUUGGUGCCAGUGCUCCUGCCGGAACCUUGUACAAGGAGUUUGGCAUUACUGUGGACAAUGUCAUUGCAGCGGCCAAGUCCCUUUUGUAAUUUCUUGAUGCAUUCAUUCCUCGAAGCUGUUGCUGGUACUCUUGAGCUUGGGUUCUCUACAGUUUGUAUUGGUUACAUACAGUAGAGUAGAAUAGAGCUAUGAUACCAUUAAGAGAUUUGAGGUGGAGGCCUCUUAAUGUAAUAAGGAACCCUUAUUCUCCUUUUUAUUUCUUGUGUUUUGGUCUAUGGAGCAGAGCUUAUUCUAAAGCUUCUGAACAUUUUCUUUGAAUUCACGAGUUCUGAUUGAAUGAUUAUCUACCCCUUUUUUGAAGGCA